CCCCCCAGGGCCUGCACACCCAUAUGCCUCGCAACCUGUCCGCUCUGCUGCUGGGGUCCUGCAUCUGCGAUCUCUCCAACAAGCCGGAAGGAAACCAUGGCGACCGGCCAUCAAUCUCUUCCACAGCAUCCGCGCAUGCUCACUUCCUCAGCCGUGCUCCCUCAACAAAGAUGGCGGCGCCCGUGGGGCCGAUCCGUUUCUGGAAGCCGGGUACAGAGGGCCCUGGUGCCAACCUUACCGAGGAGAGGCAAAGUAAUGCUGAAGUGACCUCGGUUAUCUAUAACCCACAUGCCUCCCUUUCCAUAGAACAACAGAGACAGAAGCUGCCUAUGUUUAAGCUCAGAAAUCACAUCCUUUACCUAGUGGAGAAUUACCAGACAGUGGUGAUCAUUGGAGAAACAGGAUGCGGCAAAAGUACACAAAUCCCCCAGUACCUUGCGGAAGCCGGGUGGACAGCAGAAGGGAAAGUAGUUGGAGUAACACAACCCCGGAGGGUGGCUGCAGUUUCGGUGGCAGGGCGGGUGGCAGAAGAGCGAGGAGCUUUGCUGGGACACGAAGUUGGCUAUUGUAUACGUUUCGAUGACUGUACUGACCCCCAGGCUACACGUAUCAAGUUUCUGACAGAUGGUAUGCUUGUCCGAGAAAUGAUGUCUGAUCCUUUGCUCACCAGAUAUAGUGUGCUGAUGUUAGAUGAAGCCCAUGAACGCACCCUCUAUACAGACAUUGCUAUUGGCCUCUUGAAAAAGGUUCAGAAGAAAAGAGGAGACUUGAGGCUGAUUGUGGCUUCGGCAACACUUGACGCAGAGAAAUUCAAGGCAUUCUUCAAUCAGAAUGACACCAAUGAUCCCAAUAGGGACACGUGUGCCAUCCUCACAGUGGAAGGGAGGACGUUCCCUGUGGAUGUUUUCUAUACACAAAGCCCUGUUCCAGAUUACUUGAAGUCUACAGUACAAACUGUGAUGAAGAUCCAUCAGAGUGACGUGGAAGGAGAUAUUCUUGCUUUCCUAACUGGCCAGGAAGAGGUGGAAAGCGUGGUCUCCAUGCUGGUGGAACAGGCCCGUAUCCUUGCUCGUUCAGGGCUGAAGAAGCACCUCCGUGUUCUCCCCAUGUACGCAGGACUUCCCACUUCUGAACAGAUGAAAGUGUUUGAAAGGGUCUCUCCCAAUGUCAGGAAGGUAGUUGUUGCCACUAACAUUGCAGAGGCAUCCAUCACUAUAAAUGGAAUCGCCUUCGUUAUAGACUGCGGAUUUGUCAAGCUGCGAGCGUAUGACCCCAAACGAGCGGUUGAAUCUUUGGUCGUGGUUCCUGUGUCACAAGCCUCAGCCAAUCAAAGAGCUGGCAGGAGUGGAAGAAACCGAUCUGGCCAGUGUUAUAGGCUUUAUACAGAGGAGGAUUUCCAAAAGCUUCCUCCUGCCACAAUUCCAGAAAUGCAAAGAAGUAACCUGUCUCCUGUGAUCUUGCAGCUGAAAGCACUCGGCAUAGACAAUGUCCUGCGCUUCCAUUUCUUAUCGCCACCGCCUGCACAGUCAAUGGUUCAAGCUCUGGAGCUGCUGUAUGCAUUAGGAGGUCUGGAUAAGCAUUGCCGACUGACAGAACCACUCGGUGUGCGAAUGGCAGAGUUCCCUCUUAAUCCUAUGUUUGCCAAGAUGCUCUUGGAAUCAGGCAAUUUUGGAUGCUCAGCUGAAAUUCUGAGUAUUGCAGCUAUGAUGCAAAUUCAGAACGUCUUUGUCCUCCCUCCAAACCAGAAAUCGCAAGCGAUAAGAGAGCAACGGAAGUUUGCUGUAGAAGAAGGAGAUCAUCUGACCAUGUUAAAUGUGUAUGAGGCCUUUAUCAAGUUUAACAAGAGCUCACAGUGGUGUCAGCAACACUUCCUGAACUACAAGGGGCUUAUGAGAGCAGUCACAGUGCGGGAGCAGCUGAAGAAAAUGCUCAGCAAGUUCAGAGUACCCAAAAAUUCCAGUGAAGGUGAUCCGGAUCCCAUAUUAAGAUGUAUAGUGUCUGGAUUUUUUGCCAAUGCUGCCAAGCUUCAUUCCACAGGUGCCUACAGGACAGUUCGAGAUGGCCAUGAGUUACAUAUACACCCGUCUUCAGUACUACAUGCAGAGAAGCCUCCAAACUGGGUGCUGUUUAGUGAAGUCAUCCAAACCAGCAAGUACUACAUGCGGGAUGUGACAGCUGUUGAAUCUGCAUGGCUGUUGGAGCUGGCACCACACUUUUACCAGCAUGGAACGCAUCUAUCUCGAUCUUCCAAACGGGCCAAGAUGGACAAUUUAUGAGCCUCACCACAUUUGUAUGUAAUCUCUUGGAGAGUGAAUCCACCCAAAACCUCACCGACAUUUCUACGUCUGACCUCAACAACCACAGAGAUUCACCUGCUUCUCUCUGGUGAGGACCACGUUCUGGAACCUCUUGAUGUCCAGCGGGAUGGCUUCACAGCCUGGCGUUUGGCAUUAACACGUUUGAACCUGGGAUCCCGUCUGUCUGUGCCACACCGCACAAGUCUUACUUAGGCACAUCGUACACUGGUAUAUAUGUGUAUAAGAAAGCCUUUUUUAUUUUUUUAAGUUGUAAAUGAUGGACGCGAAUGAACAGAAAUGGUAAUCGGAUGCCAUGCCUUUUUCACCUGAGUGCUGUAUUUGAGCCUUUGCGGCACCAAAUAACUAGCCCUGUUACAUAUGUAUCAUGCACAUACUCUAACCCUUAAUCUGAUCUGCUGUAAGUGCCUCAUUUCAAGCAGGUUCAUAUGUAGAUGGCUUAAGCCCUGUUCUGCUCUGCCAGGUUCCCAUUGAUAUUACACGGAAGUCAACUUUCUAUUCCACUGGUGACACGGAGCUGAAAAACGCUUAGAAGAUUAACACAGAUCUGCGUGGCUGUCCCUUAUCCUAAACCAUUUUUGCCUGUAAAUAUCUGUACAUGUUCAUAAUAAACCACAGAGUACCUCACA